AUGGAAAACACAUGGUUGGUGGUAGCGUACAGACAAAGAGGCUUCAUGGCAGCGGGUGAAGGCCAAACUGCGGAGGUCCAUUUGGCACCUCUCGGCUGCAAUGAGGAGCAUCGAUCAGGUAGCGUCGAGCAAGGACAGGCUCAUGAUGAAACUUUGCCGAGGUUUUGUGACGGAGCAACCCCAACAACCCGCACAAAUGUAAUUGAAAGGCUGCGGUCUUUGGGACGUUUGUGGGGGUUAUGGCGCCCGGGAAAGGCUCACCGGCCGAACAAGAUUUCAAGUCUUGAUGAGAGGAAUUUGAGAACUGGCGGCAUUGCGGAAUCUCAGGCCACGCCAUCCCAUGAGUCGGGACAAUCAGCCGAAUCAACUGGGUGCACGAAACCAUUCCCAACAGUUCCCUCGAACCGAAGAUUUGCUCCGACUUGUGAAGUGAUGCGAUGUGGCAGAUGGUGCGUCCAGGGGCGAACAAAAGCAGAUCAAAAAUCAGGCAUCAAAAGGAACCUCAAGAGCCGCCACCAGAGAAAGUCAGCCAACAUGAAAACUGUCAAAGGCUGGAAAACAAAAGCCGUGUCCACGGACUUUUUGCCAAAGAAGGCGCACGUCUCCAGGCAAGCAGCUUUAAAACAUGUCCGAGAAGUUUUUGAACGUUUUCAGGCUCAGGGGGCGAGUCCUAAUGCAGCAGCAGCAAGUGCGCUGCGAGAAAUUGCUGGCCUUGCCCCUCUUGCUUCUCUUCCGUCUCGCCAAGACAGCCAAAUGGAUCCUCAGGGCAAGAUGACCCUUUUGCCACCUACAUCUUGGGGUGGCUUCGAGCCUUCGGAACAUGGUGCAGACAUCAUGAGCGACAAAGCUGGCGCUGCUGAUGCCAACCUCCCAACUGUUGCGGAGAAGACUGAUGUGAUGUUUGGAGCUGAAGUCGACGGUGGCUUCAAGGACAGUUUAGAGACGGUGUUGGACACACAGUCAACUGAGCUUGAACCAUCAGAAGCUCAAGAUUCUGAUAGCAAUGGCACACGAGACAAGGCUGAGAUGUGUGAAGACAUUAAGGUAAGCUUGGACACGGUCCUUGACACACAGUCCACCGUUGAAGCAGAUGUGGCAGAGGAUCUUCCAAUGCCGGAGGUGAAGCCGCGUUGCCAGCGCCAGAGCCAGGGACGCAAGGCCAAGAAGUUAGAAGAGCACAAAAAGGAAGCUUCAUCUCACAGAACUUGUCGGCAACGCAUACCUCCGUUGGAGCACUGGAAAAAUGAAAGGUGCGUCUACGAGCGCAAGUCUGGGUCUUCUGUGCCAACCCUUGCAGCGGUAGUUAAAUGCCCUAGUACAGAGGAGCAAGUCUCCACGGGCAAGGGGAAGCAAGGGAAGGUAAAGCAGGCAGCGGGCAAGAAAAGGACAUGGCACGAAGCAAUUGCUUCUGAGAGUUUAGCCAGCCCUUCGCUUCCAUCAAUCUAUGACAUUGCAAACAAGCGCACCCGCCAAGAAGCAAAGACGAGCACAAAGCAGGAGAAGGAGAAACAUGAGAAAAGGGACAAGAAGGAGAAAGAGAAGGUGCCUCACAAGAGCAAAACCGAAGUCCAACAGUCCCAGGUGACAGGACGUGGUUUGAUGGGCGCUCUGGAGGCUGCGCGGGCAGAGGCUACGAAGAUGCGAACCAUUGCGCGCUCUUUCGCAUCAGUUGGUGCGCAUUGUCGGGCGAAGCCUUCGUUGGCUCGCAUGGCUGCCGAAGCUGCUGCAGCAGUGGGCAACUGCCCUACACCUCAAGAAAAGUGGAGUCGAAAUAGGAUACCAAGGCAAAAGAGCCAGCGCUGA